GGGCCUCACCAUCUGUGAAUCUGCAAGAAGCUUCGGCCCCGACAGCAUGCAUCUUCCCUUUCUUCAGCUGCUGCUGCUUCUGCCUCUAGGGAAGGCUGCAAGGCACGGGGAUGGCCGCCAGAGUCAGAAUUCUGUUUCUCUCUUGCUCCUAGAAAGGCAUCGCAGAGAGCUCUCCUUGGGCAACCAUGAGGAAGCUGAGGAGAAGCCAGAUCUGUUUGUGGCAGUGCCACACCUAAUAGGUGCCAGCGCUGCAGGGGAAGGUCAGAGGCAGAGAGAAAAGAUGCUGUCCAGGUUUGGGAGAUUCUGGAAGAAGCCUGAGAGAGAGCUGCACCCACCCCAGGGCUCAGUCAGUGAGCAGUUCUUCCCUGGGACCCAGGGUCUCACUCAACCAGAGGAUGGGAUGCCAAUGGAGAAAUCUCCUCUUCGGGAAGAAGCCAAGAAAUUCUGGCACCAUUUCAUGUUCAGAAUGAGUCCAGCUUCUCAGGGGAUCAUCCUGCCCAUCAAAAGCCAUGAAGUGCAUCGGGAGACCUGUAGGACGGUGCCCUUCAGCCAGACUAUCACCCAUGAAGACUGUGAGAAAGUGGUUGUACAGAACAACCUUUGCUUUGGAAAAUGCGGGUCUGUUCGUUUUCCUGAAGCUGCGCAGCACCCCUACACCUUCUGCUCCCACUGCCUGCCUGCCAAGUUCACCACGACGCACUUGCAGCUCAACUGCACUGGCCUGGCCCCCGUGGUCAAGCUGGUGAUGCUGGUGGAGGGGUGUCAGUGCAAGGUGAAGCCAGAGCAACAGCAUGGCCACCCCGAACAGGCUGGCUUUCAGGCAGAAUUUCACGUCCAGGAUCCCUUUAUCCCAGGACUUUCAACAUAAAAAAAGCCAUCCCACUAUUAUCAGCAAAAUUGCUGAUUAUUCAGUCUGAAAUGUUAAGUGGGUAUGUAAUAUUUUAAGAGAAAUGUGGUUUACAAAGUAAGAACGAUUUAGAGGUCAUGGCAUUCAUCUAGUUAUCGGUGCACAUUUGGGAUCUGGUCUUGACUCUGCCGCUAACUGGCUAUAGGAUGUUAACAAGUUACAGAAGCUUUCUCCCCCUUACAUUUUCCAUCCAUAAAGGAGGGACUUGAACUAGAUGAUUGCUAAGGUCCUUUCCGCUACUAAUAUUACAUGAUCUAUUGUCUACAAGUUUUGGUAAAAGCCUUCCAUCUGAAGAAGGAAAAGAAACUAGACCAUAAAAAUGGGUUUCUUUAAUAGCUUGUCAAAGCAUUAGCAAAAAACUAUAUGUAUAUAUUUAUACAUAUAUGUAUAUAUGCAUGUAUAUAUACAUAUCUGUAUGGUAUUUGUAGAAAGGAUUCCCUAUACUUAUAGCUGCCUUUGCCCUCAGGCCGUGUUUUAUUUGACUUCUAUCAGAUGAUUAAGUAGUUCCAUAGAUAGAAGGAGUAACUUGUUUGGUUGCCUCCUUAUUUUUGAUACUCCCCAUAUGAAAUUCUUGAUGUCAGAUCUCCAGCUUUGAAGAAGGAACAUUGACGUUACUUUUAGUGGUUUACAUAGGGAUAAGGAACAAUCAUCAGUAGUCAAACUAGUACUUAAAUUAUGGGGAAGGAAAAAUAUAUGACCAGUACCAGGUUUAAAGGUCAAUCCAGAAAUGCUAAUGCAAGUGACCAAGGAAUUCCAGUAGAUGUCAAAUUAAAUAAACUGCAAAUGAUUUAAAAUUUAAAAAACAAUUCACAGGUGAAAUCCUUAUCCACAUGCAUUUUGGAUUAGGUUGUUUAGUAAGGGUUCUGUGUUUGAAUGAAUGUGUUUUUGCUACUGUAUAAAAACUCCGUAUUACAAAUUUUAUUUGCCAAUGUCACAGUUGCAAAUUCCGAAAAUAUUCCAAAUAUUUUAACGUAUUAAAUUUUAGUGUAUGAAGCUUCUGGGAAAUGUUGUGGCAUUCAAUUGUCUUAUAUUUUGUCCUUAUUUGUUUUGCCUGUCCCAUAAUUUAAAGACACUAUUGGGAAAUUACCUAGUAAGAGCAUUUCUGAAAUGGCUUCAUAGGCUAAUGACACUGGUCCAAGUGUUUCUUUUAACACAGCAAACAGCUUUCUGUUAAGGUCCUUCAAUCACUGUCUUUUAGUCAUUACAUUUCUCCUGUCUGUAUUUAUUUGUAUGAAAAAUGUGCAGAACUGGCUUUCCUUACCCGUAUUUCUUUUUCUAAACUCAUUCUUUAAAAAUUCAUCUUAAAAAUAAUUUUAUUUGAAUCCCUUUACUUUCAGAAUAUACAAAAAAAGUAUUUCUCAGAAUAAUAAUUGUUUUUUAAAAGAAAUUAAUGCCUAUUUAAAUUCUAUUCCUCUUUAAUCACACCAUUUAACCUUGUGUUCUGAAGAAGCGAAUGCAUUUAUAUUUAGUGUAUAUUCUACAACACAUCAAAGCAACAGGAUACGUGCUACACAGAUACACAUGUGGCAUUUACAUCAGAAUAUAUCAUACCCUUCGGUGGUCAAAGACAACCUAAUUGGCCAAGGUAUGGUCAUGAGGAUAAAACUGUUAAGCAUUAAUGAUAUCCCAGCUGGUCAAUAUAUUUUGGUGCCAAAAGCUAUUGAGCAGCUGUCUAGCUUGCAAUUGCCUAACCCUGAUUAUGUAAACCCUUCUCUGCCAAUUGGACUAUCCUUCUCCUCCUCACACACUUGCAAAUCCCUUUUAUCUUUCCUUGCAAAUAGACUCUCCAGCCCAAGCCCCAAACAAUCAUCAGUUUUAUUCAAACUCUGCUCUGCCCUUCCCUCAUGUGUGAAUUCAAGAUGAGGUAGCUGAUGGUUGUUAUCAGAGGUCACAUUCAAAGAGUAGCAGCAUGAACCUCACAAAAUUGUCCAUAUUCAAUGAUUUUCAUUAAAAAAGAAAGGCAAUUUCUAACUGUUCAACAUAAUACAUGGCAGCAUAAGAAACUGAGAGGAAAGACACAAAUACUGAACAAUCUAUUAAGUGCCAGAUACUACGCUGGGUCUUUUAUAUAUAUAUUAUAUAAUUUAUGUCAUACUUAAAUACAUAAAUUAUACAAUGCUCACAAGAAGCAAAUGAGGUAAUGGGACAUCCCUGGUGGGGCAGUGGAUAAGACUCCACGCUUCCAAUGCAGGGGGUUGGGUUCGAUCCCUGGUCAGGGAACUAGAUCCCACAUGCAUGCUGCAACUAAGACUUCUCAUGCCACAACUAAGGAGCUGGCAAGCCACAACUAAGGAGCCCUGGAGCCGCAACUAAGGAGCCUGCCUGCUGCAACUAAGGAGCCCAUGUACUGCAACUAAGGAGCCAGCGAGCCACAACUAAGGAGCCCGCGAGCCACAACUAAGACCCAGUGCAAAAAAAAAAACAAAAAGAAUCAAAUGAGCAUGCCCGUAGAAGAUUUCAGUGAUGACUGUUGGUGAUUUCUGUGGCAAGUAAUGAAUGACAGCACAACCAUGAUGAGACGGCUUCAGGAAAAAGUCUCUCAGAAUGCUGGUAUUCACAAAUCCAGACCCGAGGACGAUUCCUGGGUUCAGGAUUUUCUAAACCUAAGAUUCACACGGAGAACUGCUCUUGAGGAGAGAUCCAUUUGUUGGGAUGUAAUAAAAAAAAAAGAA